CAUAAUCCUUUUUCUUGUGUACAAUUUCAAUAGAAUAACAUAUUAUGGAUGCGUUUGUUUAUAACCUUUUUAGCCUAUUUCAACAAAUGUCGUGAAAAAAAAAACUAGACAUAUGUAGAAGUAAAUCACAUUUUAUUAAAAUUCAAACAACAUUUGUGAAUUUUGAUACCUUUCACCUCGGUUUAUUUGUUUGAAAUUUUAAUCAGUUAUAAAAUAUUUUUAUGAUGUAUAAUAAUUAUAUAUUUUAUGUUGGGUUGGGUUUUUACUUAAAAAUAUCGCCAACCCGACUCAACCCAAUUAGAAACAACCGUAGGGUUUAACUUUUUUUGGAUUGGUUUGGGUUUGAUAAUUCCCAAACCGUAGUGCAUGGGUCGGGUGAUUAAAAUGGUUAAACCCGAACCACCCGACCCAUGUACACCCGUACUCGUACUAAUGAGCUUGGUGAACACUAAUACACAAUAGUUCAUUCCCUUGUAUUUCCGACGUGGUACUUGGAUUGUCCAAUAACAUAAAAGAAUAUAGAUGAUAACGAGUCACAUUAGGACUGUAUGAUGCAUAUCAUUAUCAUACACAAAAUAGCUUGUGAUUUAUCCGUACUUAUACUCAUAGAGGAUUGAUUCAUGUAAAUUUUCAAAACCAUAUCCAUACCCAUACCCGAUUUUAGGUAUUCAAAGUUAUCAAUAGAUAAUAAUUUUUCCCUGUGCAUAAUCGAACGAGUUCAGGUUAGAUAGUAAAGAAAUCGUGUCCAUCAAUCCACAACAUUUAAAAUUAAAUUUUAUUCGUAUCGACUAAACAAUUCUCAAAAUUUGAGUUUUUCACUCCUCAAUUAGGUCGAAUUCGAAGGGCAUCCACUCAUAUUUUUAUUUUUGUCACCGCUAAAAGUUGUAGAAACUAAAAACUGAAAAGGGAAGAAAAAAAAGAAGAGGAAAAGAAAAAGAAAGGCGGAAAAAAGGAAGGGAGGGAGCGGUGGGUGAAGUCGGCCUGACCCCAUUGCAGCUCCAGACACAGACAGACAGCGCGCUUGGCGCCCACCCACCUACACCACCCUUCCUUCCUUCCGUCGGAUCAGCCAUUGCCACAGAGACGGAGCGAAUCCAGCCUCAAUCUCACUCCCUCUUCCGCCGCCGCCGCCAGCAGCUGAUUACAGUUCCGCCGGAACUGGCUCUUCUUCUUCCCUUUCUCCCCAACUUCUCAACUCUCUGAAUUCCUUACUUCUCUUCUCUUCCCUUCCUCUUACUUCCCAUUUAUGCUUACCUUUCUGUAAUUAAAAUCUGACCCUCCCUUCCCUUCCUAGCAGCUUUUUUUUAGUGGGUGUUCUUAUCUUUACUUACUGCCUCCUAUCGCUAAAAAACAGUGGGCGGAAGAAGCUCUUCUCUUUGUUAGAUCUAUCCGAAUCGGCCCUCACCCUUUUCUUUUGUCGGUGCGGGUUGAUUGUUCUCUGUAUAUUGUGUUCACUUCCUUCCUUCAUCACUGCUUUCCUUAUAUUGUUAUUAGUAUAUCCCCGUAUUCUUAUUCUUUUCUCUUUACUCGCUCGCCGCUGCUUGCCCUCCCCUGGUUGGGUUAGGGUUUCGCUACUCUAGCUAGGGGGGUUUCUUUCAUUUUUUUCUCUUCGAUACCUUCUUUUUGACCCACUCCGUUUGUGCUCCGAUGGAGCCCCGUGUUGGCAAUAAGUUCCGGCUCGGUCGUAAGAUCGGCAGCGGUUCGUUCGGAGAGAUCUAUCUUGGCACUAAUAUUCAGACGAAUGAGGAGGUUGCAAUUAAGCUGGAAAAUGUGAAGACAAAGCAUCCUCAGUUGUUAUAUGAAUCCAAGUUAUACAGAAUCUUGCAGGGAGGAACUGGUAUUCCGAAUGUGCGGUGGUUUGGUGUUGAAGGAGACUACAAUGUUCUAGUGAUGGAUUUGCUCGGUCCUAGUCUCGAAGACCUAUUUAGCUUUUGCAGUCGGAAACUCUCUUUGAAGUCUGUUCUUAUGCUUGCAGAUCAGAUGAUCAAUCGAGUAGAAUUUGUUCACACAAAGUCCUUCUUACAUCGAGAUAUCAAGCCAGACAAUUUUCUGAUGGGUCUCGGAAGACGUGCCAAUCAGGUCUACAUCAUUGAUUUUGGUUUGGCAAAGAAAUAUCGGGAUAGCUCAACUCAUCAGCACAUUCCAUACAGGGAAAACAAGAGUUUGACUGGCACUGCUAGAUAUGCAAGCAUGAAUACUCAUCUAGGGAUUGAGCAAAGCAGAAGGGAUGAUCUAGAGUCUCUUGGUUAUGUUCUUAUGUACUUCCUGAGAGGAAGCCUUCCUUGGCAGGGACUAAAAGCAGGAACAAAGAAACAGAAGUAUGAGAAAAUUAGUGAAAAGAAAGUUUCUACCUCAAUUGAGGCCUUAUGUCGGGGAUAUCCAAGUGAAUUUGCUUCUUACUUCCAUUACUGCCGUUCAUUACGGUUCGACGAUAAGCCAGAUUAUGCAUACCUGAAAAGAAUAUUUCGUGAUCUUUUCAUCCGUGAAGGCUUCCAGUUUGAUUAUGUCUUUGACUGGACAAUAUUGAAGUAUCAGCAGGCACAGCUGGCUAAUCCCCCAGUUCGUGGACUUGCCCCAGGUGUUGGGACUAGUUCUGGAAUGCCUCCUAUUGCCAGUGUUGAUCGACAGACAGCUGAAGAAUCACGCCCUGCAGCUGGCCAAUCCAUGGACCCCUCUCGGCGGAGAUACUCUGGACCAAUACUGAACAGCGCAAGUUAUACUAAUAAUAAGCAAAAGAGUCCGGUUGGAAAUGAUGCUCCUGUCACUAAGGAUCCAAUUUUACCAAGCUCCAAUUUUUUGGGUCGUUCAUCGAGGCGUGCUGUAGCUGCUGUUUCGGGCAGUCAUGGUGAUGUGUUUGCUGCUGGAAGAAGCGAGUCUGGUGGAGGUGCUGGUCUGGUGAGAGUUUCGAGUGGUCAAAGAAGCCCCCCUCACGUUGGGUCGUCGGGUGACCCCGCUAGGCGUACAUCAUCCUCUGCUAGAAAUACAACAACUCAGAUAAAGACCCCCUUCGAAUCUGCCCUGAAGGGAAUUGAAGGUCUGACUAUUGACAGCGAUGACAAAGUUCCGUACUGGGAGAUUCUGUCUUCUGCAGGCAACAAUCCACAGCCGAGAUAGGAGAGAAACAAAAAUUGUUUGUAAAGCAGGAGGAUGUCCGAUGAUGUGCCUCAGCGGUUAGAGACUAGUUUAGUUUGGUAGAAGGGUGUGAUGAGUUUGUUAUUGAAGUUGGAAUAACAGUCUUGAGGGGUGAAAUGCUGGAUUUUUUUUUCCGGUGAGAAAUGCACAUACAGGAUAUAGAAAGGCAAAGCUUCUUCUGGGGAUUGAAUUGCUCUCUGCAGCAAGUGUUUGUGUGUAAGCCCUUAUAGUUCCAAAUACAGAUUUGCCCUUUUGAACGAUCCUCGUGGAUUGUUCAUAUAAUUUGAUCCCGGCAUUUUAAAGCAUUGGUUAAAGAUUUCACUUCACUUCACUCUAGUGUGUGAAGGAGGUGUAGGGGUUUACAGUCCGUCCUCCCUGCUUGCUCUGUCCUGUGGUAUGGUGGUUGGUCCGCCUUGAAAGUUCUAGAUCGCUAAUCAACGUCCUAAAAUCGC